AUGGGUCUUUUUGUUCAACUCUUUGCCUUUGAUGUUAUUGGAGAAGUGACCUUCUCGAAACGAUUUGGUUUCAUGGACAUGGGCAGUGAUAAUGAUUUCUUUGCCCAGGUUGAAGAUGUGUUGCGCAGCGGCGCAUGGUGGAGACAGAUUCCCGCGCUUUACUGGACACAUGACUUCCUGUCCCCUGUCAUUGGCAAUCACUUUAGUGUCACAGCCCAUCAUGGCCGACUAAGGGACUUUGCAUCACAAGCGAUUGAGGAUCGGAAAACACAUGGUAGCGAUCACCAAGACAUCCUAGCCAAGUGGUUGGAAGUACAGAAACAGCGACCGAACGAGAUGAACGACGCCAAUGUCCUCUCAAUGGCAACCACCAACAUCUCUGCCGGCUCAGACACCACUGCUAUUUCAACAAGGCCAGUCAUCUUCCAUCUACUCAAGAACCCGGAGCUGGUAGAAGACAUUGACACGCAGACGAAAGAGGUGAAGUUGACGAAGCCUAUCACUCUCGAGCAGACUAACCACAUGCCCUACCUACAAGCUUGUCUGUAUGAGGGUCUCCGCCUGCAUCCUGCAGUUGGGAUGAGCCUUCCGCGAGUCACUCCACGGGGCGGAGUUGAGAUUGAUGGUCACUUCAUCCCAGAGGGCACAGUCAUUGAGGCCAACCCAUGGGUCGUGUGUCGAAACACUGAGAUCUUUGGAGAUGAUGUCGAGGCUUUUCGACCAAAGCGAUGGCUGAAGACAGGUGACAUGGGUGUGGCAUUCCUCUGCUUUGUACUUCCAACCUUGGCUAACAAGAAUGUUCUCUAG